AGCAUAAUCAUGUACAGUCACUUUAUGUAAAUUCUCUCUACUCUCAAAGUCUGAUCUGGACACUAAAAUGAUUAACUAACAACUGAGAACUGUACAUCUAUUUCGUCAUUCAACCUGAAAACUGACGAGAUUAGGGCAAAAGUGACACGUUUUCUCCCUUUCUCCUUUGAAAUACAGCCUCUCAACUGAUUAUAUGCCCCACGUCUUGACAAACUUUAGCGCUGGUAAUCUAAAUGCGCCGGUCGUGACUUAACCGUCGAAAGAAAGUUAACUUCAAGAGUUGUCACAGGUUAUCACUCGUCAGACAGCGAAAAGGAAAGAGUUUGAUUAAACAAACGUUUUGUUUAUAAACGGUUUUCUUUACUCAAUGAAAGUCUAAACUCCAAACUCAUUGAGCCACCCAAUCAUGUCGUUCGGGUUGCCCAAUUGUUUGUAAAAGAAUUUGCAUACUAACUAUUUAAAUUGCUCAUUAAAAGUCGAUCAAUUGUUUCACACAGAGUGCGGGCAGUCGAUUGAUCGCUUUACCUCCGAAAAUCGCAUGAAUUAAAAAAAAACAACAGAAGAUGAAGUUUUCAUAAGAAACAGUUUUCUCCAACGGAUCUUCGACUGCGAAGCUGAUAGUAUAGAGAGUAACCUCUGUGCACGACACGUGUUUGCAGCAGGCUUCAUUACACUCGCCGGACUUUAAAUAAUUUGCAAUGAAUCCUGGUUACGGAGAGGUCGCCGUUUCCUAUUGCACAGAGAUGAACAAUAUUGAUAUAGCGGAAGCAAUCGAGAAUGGGAGGCCACGGGCAGCCUCGGUGGAAAGGACCCGCAAAUGGCGCUGGUUAAGAAAUCUUCAGGAUUUCUGGGUCGAUUACUCCUUCCAGAUCGUUGUUGUGUUUAUUGCAAUUGUACUUCUUAUCUAUACAAUCGUCGCCAUAAGUGUCAGUGGCUUCCGUCACGCAACGGGUCUCUUCGUCAUCUCCAUGCUUUUCUGGUUUUGCGUGAUAUACAUGUUCAUCCGUGACCAUUGCGGUGAGACCAUUUACAUCUCUUGCUGCUUGCCUGUUAUCUCACUCGUGCGAAGGAAAUGGAAGUUCCUUAGAUGGAUUGUGUUGCUUGUAGUAUUGACGUUGCUCGCUUUAUGGUUUGGGCUCGACACGGCUAAGGACCCAAGAAGAUUUAUAUCUGUAGCGGGAAUGCUGGUUUAUGUGGGGAUCAGUUGGGUGUUCUCAAAGCACCGAAGAAAAGUGAGGUGGCGGCCCGUCUUGUGGGGAAUGGGUAUGCAGUUUGUAUUUGCUCUGGUUAUCCUCAGGACCUCUCAUGGAUUCUCAGCUUUUAAAUUCGUUGGAGACACAGUGGCAAGAUUUCUCGACUACACGGAUGUUGGAUCAGCUUUUGUGUUUGGAGAAGGAUUUUUGGAGCACUAUAUUGCAUUUAAGGUUCUCACGGUCAUCAUCUUCUUCAGUUCUUUUAUCUCGGUGCUUUACUACUUGGGUGUGAUGCCGCUGAUUAUAACAAAGAUUGCCUGGCUCAUGCAAGUAACCAUGGGAACCUCUGCUGCCGAGUCUCUCUCAGCCGCUGGUAAUAUUUUCGUAGGACAGACUGAAGCACCUUUGAUGAUCAGACCAUUCCUUGCAGCUCUCACUCAAUCCGAGCUCCACGCGGUCAUGACAGGAGGCCUGGCCACUGUUGCAGGAGGAAUCAUGGCUGCCUAUAUUGGUGUUGGGAUUCAAGCCUCUCAUUUGGUCGCAGCCUCAGUGAUGUCGGCACCUGCUGCUUUAGCUGUGUCUAAAAUCAUGUAUCCAGAGACAGAAGUGCCGCAGACUAAGUCACAGGACGAUAUACAUUUCGACAAACCAGAAGAAAGAAAUGUUAUUGAGGCUGCAGCCAAGGGAGCGUCCACUGCCAUCUCUUUGGUUGCCAAUGUUGCCGCCAUGCUCAUCACGUUCUUCGCAUUCAUCGCGUUUUUCAACGCGGUACUGUCGUACUUGGGAAGAAUGGUGGGAUACCCUGAACUCAGCUUUCAGACAAUCUGCUCGUACCUCUUCAUGCCGUUCGCGUUUCUCAUGGGAGUGGACUGGGCCGACUGCAAUACGGUGGGGAGGUUCCUUGGGAUUAAAACGUUUCUCAACGAGUUCAUAGCUUACCUUGAGAUGGCGCCAUAUAUAAAGAACCGACAGGAAAUGAACGGAGGACCCACAAUAUCGCGUCGAUCGGAAGUUAUCGCUACUUAUGCGCUUUGUGGAUUCACAAACUUUCUCGGCCUGGGCGUAUUACUCGGAGGACUGGGUCCAAUGGCGCCCAGUCGACAGGGGGACAUGGCCAGAAUUGCUGUACGGACCCUGUUUGCAGCAACGAUCGCUUGCUUCAUGACGGCUAGCAUUGCUGGAUUUUUGUAUGACGAGUCCUUCGAAGCAGUAGCGACUCCAACAGUAAACACCACUAUGUCCCCAACGACGUCUUCAUAAAACCUUACAAAGUUUUAGCCACUAGUUGAAGUAGACCUGACCAGUGAACGGUACAUAAAUCUCUCGUGUUCCGUUCUUGAUUAUGCGAGCACGCGCGAAGAAUCAGACGAAGGAGUUGCUGUCCACAGACUCAAUAUCAACACAUUACAUGUACAACUUUCAAUGAAACAAACGCGGCCCGUAGCUCUCGCCUGUGAACAGGCUCUCUAUAGUCGAGGAUGGGAGAAAAAAGGGAAAGAGGCCAUUUCACUCUCAGCCAGUUCUUUCUUGGCCCUUCCAGCCGUGGUCAGACCCUUCCAGCCGUGGUCAGACCCUUCCAGCCAGAGCCUGUUCACAGCCUACCCGUGGCUCUUGCUGAAAUAAAGUUUCUGUUUUGGAAAUCUCACUGUUGGUUUCCCAGACUGCGCAGCCAAUCAAAAAUGAACUAACGCGCGUGCAGUAAUGGUACGUGGCUACUCGUAAUGCUUCACCUUCCCGACCUGGUUUUUGACUGGAAGAGCAACUGGAAAACCAACAGACACAUGCCAAAAUUACGGA